CCCAGCUGGCUGCGCCCGAAAAGACGGAAGGGCACAUGCAUCCAGCCCGCCCCAUCGUUACCAGAGGUCACAUUCCUGGGCUGCUGUUUUUCAUUCUCUUGGGAAGAGCAUUCUGUGAACGCAGUUGAAUGAGUCUGUGCUACCGUCUCUCUACUGGGUUUCAAAAAAGUUUUCCUCUUCUUCCCCUUGUACGGAGCUCAAAAUGGCGGCCUCCUGGUCGCCCUUGGUUACCCUGCGAUUAGUGCAGAGCCGUUUGAGAGGGAGAUGUGUUGGGUGCGGAGCCUGGGCAGCAGCAUUCACCCCUCCGGCCACCGCCCCUGGGAACCCCUUUUGGAAAGCCUAUACAGUUCAGACACCUGAGAGUAUGCCUCCAGCUGUAGCUACAGAAGCUUAUUUGAAAGCUCUGGCUGUUUGCCAUGGACCUCUGGACCACUAUGACUUUCUGAUCAAAGCUCAUGAGUUAAAGGAUGAUGAACAUCAAAGAAGAGUCAUACAGUGUUUGCAGAAAUUGCACGAGGACCUUAAAGGAUACAGUAUAGAGGCAGAAGGCCUUUUUUCAAAGCUUUUUUCAAGGAGCAAACCUCCAAAGGGCCUCUAUGUUUAUGGAGAUGUUGGUACAGGCAAAACAAUGGUGAUGGACAUGUUUUAUGCUUAUGUGGAAAUGAAGAGGAAAAAACGGGUUCAUUUUCAUGGUUUCAUGCUAGAUGUUCACAAAAGAAUUCACCGCCUUAAACAGAAUUUGCCAAAAAGGAAACCAGGAUUCAUGGCUAAGUCAUACGACCCAAUAGCCCCCAUAGCCGAGGAAAUCAGCGAAGAGGCAUGUCUCUUAUGUUUUGAUGAAUUUCAGGUCACUGACAUUGCUGAUGCCAUGAUUCUGAAACAGCUUUUUGAAAAUCUGUUCAAAAAUGGGGUCGUCGUUGUGGCAACAUCUAACAGGCCACCGGAAGAUCUCUAUAAAAAUGGACUCCAAAGAGCUAACUUUGUACCAUUCAUAGCUGUCCUGAAGGAGUACUGUGAUACGGUCCAGUUAGACUCUGGGAUAGAUUACCGGAAGAGGGAACUUCCUGCUGCAGGAAAACUCUACUACCUCACAAGUGAAGCUGAUGUGGAGGCUGUCAUGGAUAAGUUGUUUGAUGAGCUGGCUCAGAAACAAAAUGAUUUAACUAGACCAAGGAUUCUAAAAGUGCAAGGCAGAGAGCUGUGGCUGAAUAAAGCCUGUGGAACCGUGGCCGACUGCACGUUUGAAGAGCUGUGUGAGAGACCACUUGGAGCCAGUGACUAUUUGGAACUAUCGAAGAAUUUUGAUACAGUAUUUUUGCGAAACAUUCCACAAUUUACAAUGGCAAAAAGGACUGAGGCUCGAAGAUUCAUAACUCUCAUUGAUAACUUUUAUGAUUUUAAGGUGCGCGUAAUUUGCUCCGCAUCGACUCCUUUAUCAAGCUUAUUUCUGCAUCAGCAGCAUGACAGUGAGUUGGAGCAAAGCAGAAUAUUGAUGGAUGAUUUGGGACUGAGCCAGAGCACAGCAGAAGGUCUCUCCAUGUUUACCGGAGAAGAGGAAGUCUUUGCAUUUCAGCGCACGAUCUCCCGACUCACAGAAAUGCAGACUGAGCAGUACUGGACUGAAGGGGACAGAAGCAAGAAGUAAAAAUCACUUGCGCAUCAAUGAAACACUGGACAAGUGAUUACUGCAGGGAGAACUCUUCAUUAUGGGACUUGAAGGAAUCCUUUUCUCAUCAUUAAUUAUGCACUUUGUCCUCUGGACCAUUUUUAUCUAAAAUUUCUGUCAAAGAUGUAGUUAAUUAAUAAGUUGAAGCCAUUUCUAUAGGUCUACUUUUUGCCUAUUUAUUUAGCCUUAUUUCUGCACCAAAAUAAAAUCAGCACUCUUGAAGAUGAACGUAGGACUGGACAUUUGGCUUCACAUGGAGCCACCUGGAUGAACCCUGAAUGCACACACAGGGUAAAUGCCAGGUGUCUGGACAUGUCCCGAGUGUUGGCAGUAUCAUUGCCACAUGAGAGAAACACAUCUAGGGGAGGGAAAAACACUGCCUCUCAAUUCAAAGCAAAGAAAGCAUUCUGAUCCUGCUAUAAACUACAGAGAAUAACAUUUUAGAAUAUGAGCUUAUACAUGUGAUUUGGGGGAUGGCUAUAAAUUGUGCUGAAUUUCCCAGGUCUUCAGGUUUUCUCCCAACAGAGUAUAUUUUUUACCCUGAGGUCAAGCUUGGCAGGCAGGGCGUGAUCUGCGGCGGACACAGCAUUGCCUGAAAACACUGAGGACUGCAACACUGUGGAAUCCUUCCAAACAACAGGCAGGUCCAACUCUGAGAGUAAGAGGACAGGUACCAGGAAUGGGGACUAGUGAGAGAGUGUCCAGAGGAGGCAGAGUCCCGGGCACACCAAGCAGCAGAGGGAGGGAGCAGGACCCCACUGGACAGCGGCCUCUGCCCACUCCUCACACACAUUUGCUCUGCUUGCAGAAUGCCUCUCCCCACCCUCGCCUCUGCUUCUGCCGCGAGACAGACACCUGUCUGCAUCUACUUAAGGACACCUGAUGCAUCUGCUUAAAUAAAGCCCAGUUUGUCCUUUACUGAGGUCGCUCUUUGAUUCAUUCAAGUAUAAUCUGACUUUGGUAACUUGUUACAGAAAGAAUCUUGGUUGAGGCUGUUAGGAAUGUCUAAAUCUCUGUUCAAAGGGAAAAAAAGUGAAAUCCACAAAGUCUUGUGAAAAUCAAAUUUGUUUUUGAGGUAGGCACAGGUGAAUCUGUUCAGAGAAGUGAGCAUCAAUGCAAUCAUCAACAUAAGGGAGCUCUCUGAACCUACUUAAGUUUGUAAGUUAAUCUUUUCACAUUAGUAUGUUUUGGACAUUGACCUAAAUCAAGCAAAUAAAUAGAGAGGGAACCCAAGUAUAGAAAAAAGUUUAAAUCACAGCUUCUGAAACUUAAAUGUGGUUUAAAAAUUUUUAUUGACUUAAAGCAGUGAGUUCAAAAAGAGAUUAAGUAGAUUAAGAGGGAGAAAGAAUGAGAAUUGCCAAAUCUUUUGGUAGAGAUUUACAUGAUCUCAGCUAAAAGUUAAUUGUAGGGAAUCAGUAUAAUAAUUUCUGUUUAUCUGUGAGGAAACUUAGGCUUGGGAAAGUUAAGUAGCCUCACCUGAGAGUUACAGUUUACAAAACUUGUACUGUGUUUUAUACCACACCACCCCUAUAAAAAAGGAGACAUUUUUUAAUAUUGAUUUUUUAAACUCAGUGAAGAUGAGUUUGAAACAGAACCAUUGCUUUGAACUCAAUAGAUAUAAAAUGUUUAACUUUAUUCUUUCAAUCUUAGCUUUUCGCUUUUCAUAUUUCUAUGGCAAUUAUGCUGUACCUUCAUAAAAAGACAGUGGAUGGACAGAUGGACAGCCUGAUUGGUGGAAGCAGGAACCGUCCCUGAGUGUGUUGGGUGUAUGUGAAAUAGUUCUGUGGGAAAAGUUAAUUUGAGGUCAGGCAUUUAGAAUUAGAAUUUCAUGUUUCCAUGGAAACCGUCAUGCGAUGUUGGUUAGGGUUCUGGCUCAAUGCAUAGAAGGCUGUGGUAUGCUCAGUGCGGCUGCUCCAUAAUUUUGGUGCUAAAGAACUUGAACUUCUUUUAAAAUUUUGUGUCUGUAGGGUAAAACUGUAGUUUAGGUUCUACCCGAGUGCCUGGAUCGUGUCCCUGCUUCUGUCCCAGCCCCUAGUCUCCCACCUGCUCAAGGGUCAGGGGCUGGAGAGGGCGUGGGGGAGGGGGCAGGCUGCAGUGGCAGGGCUUUCUGAGCUGGUUUCUGCAGGGAGGCGGGGCUGCUAUUGCAUCUGUCAGCCCAGGUACCAGGAGUGCAGAGGAGGGAGUGUCAUGGUAGCUGGAAAUGAAACAUCCUUAUCCCCAUCUCUUCAAAACAGCCUGCAAGAAAAAGAAACAGAAGUCUUACAUAGCCAUUACUAGGAAACAGUACAGUAGCUUUACUAAAAGAAAAUGCCAAAACGGGUUAUAAAAAAAAAAGAUCCCUAGAUUGAAAAGCAGUGUUCAAUGCUUAUGUUUUUCUUCCAAGUCCUGCUUCAUUACACUCUUGGCAUUCCAGUUUUUCUCCAGGGAUUCACGAAAUCUCUCAGAGCAAACGCUUUUUUUGUGAAUGCUUUAAAUUCACACUUGAAGAUGGAGGUUUGAGCUGAGUAUCACUAUGGAACACCCCUCACCCAGAAACUCGGGUGAAGUCUUUAUAGUCCGGAAAAUGCCAAGGGCGCCCUCUGAAAGGAACACUAAUUUCCAAGCCUAGAAGAAAUCGCCCGGAGAAAAUGGAAAACUUUUCUUUAACAAAGAGAAAGAAAAAUCUGGUUGCUGCAUUACACUUUAUUUCUAUAGACAUACAUAUUGACUAAAAAUUAAAAAAUGAAAAAUAAAAAAAUAAAUAAAACCUGCGCUGCUGCCUGUAUUUGCCUCUUGACAGGCAUGGGCGGGCUUGUCUGCCCUCAGCGGUAAUGAAGGGAAGCGUGGUGUUACGGCCCAAAAGGCGAUGUGUGCAGAACCAUUCUAAUCAAACGUGUGCAUUUUCAGUGGGAUUUCAACUUUUAAUCAAUCAUAAGGCAAUACCUUAAUCUUCGUGAAGUGUAUUUCCUGUAUCUACAAAUGUAUGAAUAACAUAAUUUUAAAAUUAUUUGGAAUUUUGAAAAAAUUCAAAUUUCACUUGUAAAAUAUAUGAAUGGGUGUGCUCAUAUCCAUGUACUCAACAUUAAAGAA